CCGCUCCUUCCAUCAGGCCUGGUAGUCACGUCAAGGAGGACCUUGUAGAGCUGAUGAUGAUCCAGAAUGCCCAGAUGAACCAGGUCAUCAUGAACAACAUGACCAUGUCAGCCCUCAGCUUGUUCGGAUACUCCGGUUCUCCGUCGGGCCCUGCGACUCCCAGGGAUCUGGUGAUAAUACAAGAGAAUGAGGCUGACCCAGAGAUAUACCAUCACUAUUACCAGCCAGCCUACCCAGCAUGGCUCCUGCAUCAGGCCACACUUGUCUACCAAGACCCCAACAAACCCGACUCUUCUCCACCACACAGAGACAGGCAUGCUGCCCCUCCUCCUUCCCCACACAGUGCCACUGUGACUGUGGGAGUCAACGUCACUCCCGCAGCAGAAAACAACAGUGCUGCUGUGGCAGAAGAAGAGAAGAAGAGAGAGCAAUGA